CCCCGCGGUCCCUCAGCACCCUCUGGCCGACUUCGCGAAGGCUAGGGCUUGGGCGGACGAAGCACCGUGCGCAGGCGCGGAGUUAGACCUCGCCGUAGCCCCCAUCGCCUCGGGGAGUCACAUCCACAGUGGGUCCCCUGGUCCAUCGGGGCGCUUUCCCUCCUCUACCCUCCCCGGUUCCCCGCGCGCCCUACGCGCCCCGAUGGCGGAGCUGCGGCCUACCGUCGCCCCCGGCCCCGCCGCGCCCCCGGCCCCUGGCCCUAGUGCCCCUCCGGCCUUUGCCUCCCUCUUUCCCCCGGGACUGCACGCCAUCUACGGAGAGUGCCGCCGCCUUUACCCCGACCAGCCGAACCCGCUCCAGGUCACCGCUAUCGUCAAGUACUGGUUGGGUGGUCCAGACCCAUUGGAUUAUGUUAGCAUGUACAGGAAUAUGGGGAGUCCUUCUGCCAACAUUCCUGAGCACUGGCACUACAUCAGCUUUGGCCUAAGUGAUCUCUAUGGUGACAGCAGAGUUCAUGAAUUUACAGGAACAGACGGACCAAGUGGUUUUGGCUUUGAAUUGACAUUUCGUCUGAAGAGAGAAACUGGAGAGUCUGCCCCACCAACAUGGCCAGCGGAGCUGAUGCAGGGCCUGGCUCGAUAUGUCUUCCAGUCAGGGCCAUGUCAACCUUACAGUUGCAGAAGACAACAUCGAGAAGAGAACACCUUCUGUAGCGGGGACCACGUGUCUUGGCACAGCCCUUUGGACAACAGUGAAUCGAGAAUUCAGCACAUGCUGCUGACGGAGGACCCGCAGAUGCAGCCUGUGCAGACCCCGUUUGGGGUGGUUACCUUCCUCCAGAUUGUUGGCGUCUGCACUGAGGAGCUCCACUCGGCCCAGCAGUGGAAUGGGCAGGGCAUCCUGGAACUGCUGAGAACGGUGCCCGUUGCUGGCGGUCCCUGGCUGAUAACUGACAUGCGGAGGGGAGAAACCAUAUUUGAGAUUGAUCCGCACCUGCAACAGGAGAGAGUUGACAAAGGCAUCGAGACAGAUGGUUCUAACCUGAGCGGUGUUAGUGCCAAGUGUGCCUGGGAUGACCUAAGCCGACCUCCUGAGGACGAUGAGGAUAGCCGGAGCAUCUGCAUCGGCACACAACCCCGGAGACUCUCUGGCAAAGAUACAGAGCAGAUCCGGGAGACCCUGAGGCGAGGACUCGAGAUCAACAGCAAACCUGUCCUUCCACCAAUCAACCCUCAGCGACAUAAUGGCCUCACCCACGACCGUCCCCCGAGCCGCAAAGACAGCUUAGAAAGUGACAGCUCCACGGCUGUUAUCCCCCACGAGCUGAUCCGUACCCGGCAACUCGAGAGCGUACAUCUGAAAUUUAACCAGGAAUCAGGGGCCCUCAUUCCCCUCUGCCUAAGGGGCAGACUCCUGCAUGGCCGGCACUUCACCUACAAGAGUAUCACAGGUGACAUGGCCAUCACAUUUGUGUCCACGGGAGUGGAAGGCGCCUUUGCCACUGAGGAGCAUCCUUACGCAGCUCAUGGACCCUGGUUACAAGUGAGAAGCGUUCUUUUUCCCUUCCUUUUUUUCCUCCGGCUCUCUACCUGCUGCCUACCCUCCCUCCAAGGGCAGCUCCCUAUGGCACCCAUCCUGGGCUGGGAGCUGCCUCUUAGGUUCAGAACCUGAGCUCUGUGUGUGGUU